UUGUUUAUAUGGUCACAUGUUAAAAGAAAAAUUGUUAGCUCACAAUAUAGUAGAUUAGAUCAGAUCGUAAAUUUAGCGGCUAAAACACAAGAUAUCAAAAUGUCAAAGCGAAGUAGACAAACGAAGAAAGAGUUGGUGACGUAUUGUGGAGAAUGGGUUCAGGUUUUUGACAAAUUUCGAGAUAAAGAUGGAAAAGCUUGUUUAUCUCAAAUAUUUGAGGAAGUCAGAUCUCAAGGAAUUCACCCUUGUCAGGAUCCAAGAUUUUUUACCCUAUUCCAGUCUAUUAAGUUGCAAAAUGGAAAAUGCUUUCCGGAAGCAAAAAUAGAUUUUCCCACAUUUGAAGGGCUAGUGAAAAACCAUGACCUAUUUGGGAGAGCUCUCAAAAAGAAUUUGGUCAUACCAGAUUUGGAAGAGUUCGAAAAAAUUCUACGGCUUAUUUUUCUGGCACAGCUGGUGGAUAAUACUGGAACGGAACCAAAAAUUUACAAGACAAUAUGCAACCCAUCUUCCAAAGAUUCAUGGGGCUUGGCCAUGUUCAGCAUAGAAGGUCAGAAAGCAUUGUUUGGAGACUCUGAUGUGUACUUUACCAUGCAGUCCUGCAGUUGGCCACUGCUCUAUGCUUUUAUGUUGGAUACAGUCGGAGCUGACGAAGUUCAUCAAUACUGUAGCUAUGAACCAACACACGCUUCUUUUGUCAUCACUGAUCUUACAAGAGAAGGCAAACCUUUCAAUCCUCUAACACUUGGAGGUGUAUUAAUAUGCUGUGCUAUUUGGCAAGCAAUUGCCUUCCCAACUCUCGCGUAUGCUGAAAAAUUUGAAAAAUUUCUUUGCUUUCUAAUGGAAAUGUCCGAUGGGGAGAAACUCAACUGCAACAAUCUUGUUGUUAUCGAUGAGAGGGAGCGGGCUUUCGCAGUUAAAGCUGUUUUAAAUGUGCUCUUGAAUGAGCAUUGUUUCCCUCCAGGAUGUGACCCAGUGAAAAUAUUGGAAUUUUUCUUCCAGAUCAAUUCAAUAGAAGUCAAUGCUCAAAAACUGGCUCUCAUGGCUGCAACAUUGGCGAAUGAUGGAAUCCACCCCAUCACCGGAAAGCAGUUGAUCUUACAAGAUAACAACGUAAACGUCCUUUCUGUAUUGCAAACUUGUGGUAUCGACCAUACAAAAGAUAAUUUUCUCUUUGAGGUAGGCAUACCAGCAAUUACAGCAUCCACAGGAGCGGCUAUCUUCAUAGUGCCUGGUUUCUUUGCAAUCGCUUGUUAUUCUCCUCAGUUGGAAAACUGCGAUAUGAGCAGAAGAUCAUUGAAAUUUAUAAAGACCCUUGCUACUUUUUACAAUUUCCACCCUUUUGAUAAUAGUCUUUAUUUGAAAACUUUGGGUGGUUCUAAGCAAAUUGCUACGACUUGCAGCAUCAACUGUGCUCUGUUCAACGCGGCCACAAAUGGUGAAUUGGACACAGUUGCACGUCUUAUUACUGCAGGGACAAACCCAGGCAUGCGAGAUUACAUGAAAAGGACUAUUCUUCAUGUUGCUGCUUCAUAUGGACAUACUGCGUUGUGCAAAUUUAUUGUAGCCAACUGUCCCAAUAUUAUUGAUGCUCGAGACAUAAUGGGUAGAAUGGCAAUAGACGAUGCGAUCACCUUCGAACAUUCUGAAAUAGCUACUUUCCUGAAGAAUUGGACUGAAUUGAGAAAAGGUGGCAAUGAAGAGUUGAUGAAGACGGCAUUAGUCAACAAUCCCACCUAAUUUUCUAUGUGAAAAUAAACACUUCUUUCUUAGAACUAA